AUGGAGAGGAAGACUAUUCCUCCAUUCCGCUUGGCUGAGGAAGCACCUCAAAACCAAAACCAGUUGAAUCUCCUUGGAGUUUUACUUGCUGCUGCUUCAAAUUUUCUGAUUAGUGUUUCUUUGAAUAUACAGAAAUGCACUCAUCUCCGACUGGCUUGCCAAGCAGAGCCGAAGCCCUACUACAUGAGCAAGCAAUGGUGGUGUGCGACAACCCUCCUGGCGCUUGGAGAGGUGGGCAAUUUCACAGCCUAUGGAUUUGCCCCCAUUGCCCUUGUUACGCCGCUGGGAUGUGUAUCUGUCAUAGGUAGUGCAUUUAUUUCUGUCUUAUUCCUAAAGAAGAUGAUGAGGACUGCUGAUAUAUUGGGAGGAACAUUGUCAGUAACAGGUACAUUCUUGUUGGUUACAUUUGCUCCAAGUGUACCCCAAGAGAUCACAGCAAGACAAGUACAGAACUACUUAGUGAGUUGGCCUUUUUUGGUAUAUUCGAUCUUAGAAAUUAUAAUAUUCUGCAUUCUCCUCUAUUUUUACAAAAGAAAAGCUAUGAAACACAUCGUGGUUUUGUUAAUGAUGGUAGCACUACUGGCAUCGCUGACUGUCAUUGCUGUAAAGGCUGUGGCCAGCAUGAUAACACUCUCUGUGAAGGGAAAAAUGCAGCUAACUUAUCCUGUUUUCUAUAUCAUGAUUGUUUUGAUGGCAACCUCUUGUGCUUUCCAAGUCAAGUUCUUGAAUCAAGCAAUGCAUCUGUAUGAAGCGACAGAAGUUAUGCCCAUUAAUUUUGUGUUCUUCACCACCAGUGCCAUCAUUUCAGGAGUCAUAUUUUAUCGGGAAUUCCAAAGUGCAGCUUUCCUGAGCCUGUUCAUGUUUCUGUUCGGGUGUCUCCUGUCUUUCCUUGGUGUAUUUGUAAUUGCAAGAAAUAAAAAAGAGGAGCAUUUACAAGUUCCUUUUAUUGACUGUGGACAUAUUCCUGGACAAAAUUUGACAGGCAAAAUACAACCAGAUUCUCACAGUUCAUACUAUGGCACUUUGAAUAAUGAAGACGACUUGGUGAAAAGUCAAGACUGAAAGAAGAAAGCACACUUAAUAGGAGGAAUGCCACUGGAACAAGGAUCUGCAGCACCUUUUUGUUGGACAUACUCAAGUGUGUGUUGAAUUCCUAUAUGCCAUUGAGUCAUAGUAUUAUUGAAUCUCACUGAAUGUAUCCCGUGGUUGUUCCAAAUGUGUUCUGAAGAUAAAGGAAGCCUUAAGAAAAACUAAAUAACCAUUAAUGAAACAGAACAUUCUUCUAGU